AUGGGAGACGAUGCACCGCCCAUCGGCAUUGAUCUCGGAACAACCUAUUCAUGUGUCGCCGUUUGGAAGCACGAUCGCAUCGAAAUUCUUCCCAAUAAUCAAGGUAAUCGAACGACACCGUCUUGUGUUGCUUUCGUUGAUGCAGCACGUCUCAUUGGCGAUGGCGCCAAGAACCACGCAGCCAUAAACCCUGCUAACACCAUAUUUGGUAAGCUUCUCUUUCUUUUUCUAGGGUUUAUUGAGUGUUGUUAUAUUACUACGAUUAAGAGCAAGGAAAAAGAUACAUAUCUUAAGAAACAUAUGAAUCGUCAACACCGGAGUCUGAUACAUUUAAGUCCACUGAACUCUGAAGUCUUUGAUCCUAUUUAUAAACUAAUCUUUAAAAGCAACGCCACCCGAUAG